AUGCUUAAAGGAUCAACGCCUUUAAAGCCAGCUUCUGUCUCUGUGGAUCGCACAAUGCCAUCCUUAAAAGUUCCCAAACCUUCGCAGGUGGACCUGGAGUCAAGUCCGAGUGCAAUGCUAGACGAUUCUACAUCAUUGAAUGAUGAUUUGAUGAGUAUCAAUAGCAGCACUAGUAGAAAUGAUCGGUUGAAGUAUUCUUCGGGCAGACUUAGCCCAGGAAGCACGUCAUUCAGACAGAGUUUUGAUUCAUCUUCCGUGUGGGGUAGACAAAGCCGAUUCAACACGCCAGGAAACGAAGGCCACAGUGGGAGUAUGGAAUUCUCACCACUUGGAAACAACGCCGUGUACGAAUUAGUUUUAAACACUCGACGCAGGAAUUGGUUGAAAAGACCAACAAUUGACGAUAUACCGCCCAUUAUCUUGAGCAAAAACGAGAUACCGGAGACGUGGCGCGAUGAUACCCACAAGUAUGUAGCAGAUAUUGAAUCUGAUUAUCUUGUGUUUGAACGCAAUAACAACUUGGAAACUGUGAAGGGUUUAGAAAGACUGCGACUGGAUGAGGACGAAGGCCUUAAUAGUACACCAUCAGAAGAAAAAAAUGAUCAUAAAGAGGAUAAAAUUCUUGAGAGUCAGGACUACGGAACGAUCAAAAGGCUCCCGAACUUUUAUUUCAACGAAAAGCUUGAGCUAGACGACACUCGUACGUUCAGGAAGAUCAUUGAUGACUUAGAUCUGCGCGCCGAUAGUUUACGCUCUCAUUCUUCGCAAGAGAGAAAAGAGGCAUAUCAGAGCAUAAGAGAUAGACUUUCUGAGUAUCUCGAUAGCAUUGAAAACCUUCUUUUAGCGGAGAUUUCCAAAUCUUCCAACAGCUUUUUUUUCGCUCUAGAGGAUGUUGGCAAGAUAGAAUCGAGAGCGGCAAACACCAUAAAGAAACUGGCCGCGAUAUCGGAAGGGCUGGGCUCGGUAGAGAGAGACCAAUUUCAGUCGCAGAUAUCGACUUUGAAGAAGAAGAUCAAGAGGAAAAAUAUCGAAAAACUUGAACAGGGUCUACUUCAAGCCAAGCGUGUUACGGAGCUCGUUUCCGAGUGCAAAUCAUUGUACGAAGAGAGCAAAAGUCAGGAGUGCCUUGAAUUGAUAGAGCAUGUCGAAAACCUAAUAAAGGGUGACGACGAUAAUGACAAGCAUAUACAAGAAAUGACGAAAAAGUGGCCCUACAAGCUAUCAAAUUUGAGAUCUAUUACGAGCUUUGCAAACAUCGGCGAUGAGCUAAAAGACAUAACUGAAAAGAUAGGGCUAGCUUAUUCAUCAGAGUUCUGUGAUACGUUAAUCGACGACAUCAAAGCCAACUACUCGGGUGAAGCAGAACUGGGAACAAAGUUAAUCGACACCAAAUUUUUACGGAACCCUCAAAAAGAUGCAGAGCUAGCCGAGCGAAUAAAGAGCUCAGCGGAACGACUGGUUCAGUGUAACAACCUAGCAGACGCGAUUCAGCUUUACAAUGAGAGGUUUAUCGUAGAGUUAAAAAAUGUCAUCAAGGAUUUUCUCCCCAAAGAGCCCGAGAACAGCCCGGGCCCAAACGACGGGCCUGUAGAGCCGAAAAAUACUGGCAGUGGUUCAAAAUUGUCGCGGUUGAUAAGAGGCCUUACGCCCAGCGAGUUCCAGGAAAUGCUGCUCAAAAUUUUUGUCCGCGAGAAUCAAGCUCUUUGGCGACUUUCAAGGCAUCAGAAAGUUCUUCUCGAUGUAGCGCUUGCUGUUUAUGCAGACAGCUCUCAUCAAAACGGGUCCAGUCCAGAAUCAAUAAUACAACUAGACAUCAAUCCGGCCAUUCACGAGGGUGUCCGAAUUGUACAGUUGCGGAUGGGAAAGAUAAUUGCUGUUAGGCGAGACCUAAGUAGCAGGCUGAGGUACGAUCACUUUCUGAAGCUCUGCAGUGUAUGCUCCUGGUUUGACCGUGAGUGCGAAAACAUCACAGGUGAAUUCCUCACGCAGUACUUAAAAGACGUGUUAGCAGCGCAAAUAAGAAGCUACGCAAGCAGUUUGAACUCUCAGAAUGCACAGUCGGUGAGAACGGCUAUAGAUCAAGAAGUGUGGACUCCACGGGUCGUGGAGCCUGAAGUGCAGCAAAGUGUCAAUGAGAUAGUGUCGUGUGUACACAUGACACCUACUAGCUGGUCUAAACUCAUGAGCCUUGAUGGCGACGAUCAUGACGAAACCGGAGCCCAUUCUGACACCCAAAGUUCAGAAAGCACAGUUUCCAAGGGCCACAAGAAAUCUGUUGUGGUGAAUGACAAGACUUUUGUAGCAAGCAAUGCUCUACUGGAAGUCAUUGCACUGCUGAAGGGGGUUUUGGUGUUAUCUGCCAAUUUGCCCAGUUCAUUCCUGGCCAACUUUGAGAAGAUGUGUUACGAUUUGAUAAUGUAUUUCAACUCGAGGUCCAUGGCCUCAGUUUCCACAGGUCCUGAUAACUUGCCCUCAAUAAAGUCCGGGAAGAACCUCAGUAUCUUGGGAGAGUCUUUAGAUUGCCUGGCAGAGCUUACAGCAAUGAUUCAAAUGUUCUAUCAGCGGAUGAGCAGCAGCUACAGAGACUACGAAGCCAUGGCACCAGAGCUUUACAUGCAGCUGUUCAAGACCUUCCAGAUGUCUUCUGAAAGGUUGUAUCAAGCCCAUGCCCCUCCGCCUCCUCCAAUCUAA